GCGACAUUGCACUCCAGCCUGGGCAACAAGAACAAAACUCCAUCUCAAAAAUAAACAAACAAAACCUAGGGGGGCUUAGGUGGAUGUCACAGUGUAGUCUGAGAUGGAGCCACUUGUGGUGGUCUUGGUAGUCCCCUAGGCACAUACCAAAGGCCUGAGCUCCUCUGCUGCGUCAGCAUGGUGGGAGCGGGACUCUGACUAAGUUGACCGCAUGGCCUCUGUAUUUGGGCUGGGCUGGAAAUGUCUGAGAUCUGGGGGCUUUUACUCAGAAUGACAUUGGUUGAUUGCUGCGUGUGAGGCUGGUUGAUCUUCCAGUUGCUGACAGGUAGAACCUGAGGCAGCAGGACAGCCUGGCACUGGCCACAGGACAUUGGUCAAAGCCAUCGCAACCUCGGCAUUAAAUGGGGCUGGAGAGAGAAUGUUAAGGUAGAGUUCAAAGAACACUAGAGGUCUUGGAUACCUCUGUAUGCCUGUUCUUUAUCUCAUCUUAAAAGAUCUUCCCAGAGUCCCAUUAGGGCGAAAUCAGACCUUUUGCAUGGUUAUAAAGGCAGGGUGUGCAAAGGAUGUGGCACGUGCCUGGCACUUGGCGAGUGAUCGGCCCUGGCAGCUGUUAUCGUUGCUGUUACUGGCUUUGUUGCCCUCCUUUGUACAUUCAUCUUAGAGCUCCUUGAGGGCAGGACCUGGGUCAGAGCCCUCUGUUGGCUACUGCUCCUCUCUCUGACCCUCUCGGGGACAAGUCUGGCUUCAGCCCCAUGAAGCAGCUGGGAUGGGGCAUCAUUACCAGGCUGCAGCUGUGUUCAGAGCAGCAUGGUUCAAUAUGGUAGCCAUUAGCCUCAUGUGGCCAGUUAGAUUCAAAUAAAACUUAAACAUUCAGUUUCUCAGUUGCUGUAGCCCCCUGCCAAGUGCUUGGUACCCACGUGGCAUUGGUGCCUACACAUUGGACAGCACAGGGUAGAACCUUUCCAUCAUCACAGGAAGUUGUGCAGAGCUGGAGUCUCAGGGACUACAGCACCAGUAUCAUUCUCACUGUGGCUCAACAGCCACCAGCUCUCUCCUGAGUGCUGGGCCCAUAAGACAUCUGUAAUUACACAGAAACUGAGUCCCACAGCCCCUCCUGAAUUUCCUCUCAGGUAGCCUUGCUCACCUGGCCCAGAAGGUUGUUUCCUGGCAGUCCUUAUCAGCCUGGCGGGGGGAGGGCAGGGCUGGGAUUGCCCAAAUGCAGCUCCCGCCUCCUGUCCCCACCCUGUUUCUCCAGCUGGUCCUGCCUGGCAAGGAAUCCCAGAGUGAUCUUCCUAAUUCACUGUUGUGGCCAGGGCUGAGGUGGCCCAGACACCGACCCCACUGCUUCCCUCGUGUGCUCUGGACACAUAGCCUCUCUCCUCCUGCCCACCCUGCUCUCCACCCGAACACCUUCUUGCUUCUCUCACUCCAGGCCCAACUUACGUGACUGGUCCUCCAGGAAGCGUUUUCUCAUCUCUCACCCUAAGUGAGCUCUCCUGCCUUGGCAGUGCCCACCCGCAGACCCCAUUUUUGGCACUCAACACCCUCCUCUGUGGGCAGCCAUGAACUCCAGCCGCCCGGAGCCGGGUUCCCAGGCACCCCUGAGCCCCCGCCUUCAGCCCUUAUCCCAGAGCUCUUCCAGCCUGCUGGGUGAAGGCCGGGGACAGAGGCCAGAGCUUCGCAAGAGGGCCAGGAGCACUGUGUGGCAGGCCCAGCUGGGCGAGGCCAGCGCCAGAUCCCGGGCCCCGGAGGAAGAGGGGGACCUGCCUGAGAGUAUGGAGCGGGCACGGGCCUCUGGCCCUGAGGCACAACCCAGUGCUGGAGGCCACUGGCGGAGCAGCACUGUGGGCAAUGUGUCCACCAUGGGCAGUGGUGACCUGUGUCGCCUGCGGGCCCCCAGUGCAGCCGCUAUGCAGAGGAGCCACUCGGACCUGGUCCGUAGCACCCAGAUGCGGGGACACAGUGGUGCCCGGAAGGCCAGUCUCAGCUGCUCAGCCCUCGGCAGCUCCCCCAUCCAUAGGGCUCAGCUGCAGCCAGGUGGUACUUCUGGCCAGGGUGGCCAGGCCCCUGCAGGCCUGGCAAGAGACCUGGCUCCUGAGGAUGGGACAUCGAACUCAGCCUGGAUGCUGGGGGCAAGUCAGUUGUCAGUGCCACCACUAGACCCUGGGGACACAACUGCCCACAGCAGCAGUACCCAGGCUGACCCCAAAGCCCCCAAACAGCCAGCUACCACCACCUGCCAUGCUCUGCCCCCAGCUGCUCUACUCUGUGACAUGAGGGAGGCAGGGGCUGGUGGCUGCUGCCAUGCCCUGCCUGCCACCGGGAUCCUGGCCUUUCCCAAACUAGUGGCGUCAGUGAGCGAGUCUGGGCUACAGGCUCGGCACGGGGUGAAAAUCCACUGUAGGUUGUCUGGGGGGCUCCCUGGGCACUCCCAUUGCUGUGCCCACCCUUGGGGUCCCACCAGCUUAGUCCCAGAGCCUGGCUCUAGGACCAAAGAUGUGUGGACCAUGACCUCAGCCAGUGACUUGGCCCCUGCAGAGGCAUCCCCACUGUCAGCCCAGGAUGCGGGUGUGCAGGUGGCCCCAGUGGCAGCCUGCAAGGCUGUGGCCACCAGUCCAUCCCUGGAAGCGCCUGUGGCCCUGCACGUGUUCCCAGAGGUAACUCUGGGGUCCAGCCUGGAGGAGGCAUCGUCCCCUGUGCGGGAUGUGCGAUGGGAUGCUGAGGGCAUGACAUGGGAGGUGUACGGAGCUGCGGUGGACCCGGAGGUGCUCGGCGUGGCCAUCCAGAAGCACCUCGAGAUGCAGUUUGAGCAGCUGCAGCGGGCGCCCACCAGCGAAGACAGCCUGUCGGUGGAGGGCCGGAGGGGCCCACUGCGGGCUGUCAUGCAGUCCCUGCGGCGCCCCAGCUGCUGUGGCUGCUCCAGUGCGGCCCCCGAGUGAAGAGCUGCAGCCCCCGGAGCAGGCCUGGGCCCAUGGACUUGGUCCUAAACCUGGGCCAGGGAUGGUGGGGCCUCCAUGCCCCCUGGACCCACUGGCAGCCGGGCACGUCUGUCACCUGAACGUCAGCUGUCUCCAGACCACAGGACUGCAGCCUGGGCUUCCUGCCCCAUGCAGCUGGGCUGUUUUAUUAAGGGCUUGAUUUUCAAGGGCCACAUCUCUGUACCUUCUGGGCUCUGAACUUUGAGACAGGGAUUCAGCACCAUGCAUAGGGGAGAUCCUGAGUUUUCUGUAAAAGACCUUUUGUUCACUCCA